AUGGCCGUGAAGCGCGUGGGCUGCUUCCAGGGAGCCCCAGGCCAUAGCCGCCGAAGUGGCGACGGGAGCGCCCAGCCCGAGGCCCGGGCGGGGGAGGGCCCCGCUCAGGCCGCCAGGGACACCGGCGCUCGCAGCCCCGGGGAGGCGGGCGCAGGGUGGGGGCCGCGCCUGUGCCGGGGCGAGAUCGACUUUGGCGCGUCUGGGAAGAAGCGAGGCAAGUUCGUGAAGGUGCCAAGCUGCGUGGCCCCCGCUGUGCUCUUUGACCUCCUGCUGGCCGAGUGGCACCUGCCGGCCCCCAACCUGGUGGUGUCGCUGGUGGGCGAGGAGCGGCCUUUCGCGAUGAAGGCCUGGCUGCGGGACGUCCUGCGCAAGGGGCUGGUGAAGGCAGCGCAGAGCACAGGGGCCUGGAUCCUGACCAGUGCGCUCCGGGUGGGCCUCGCACGCCAUGUGGGCCAGGCCGUCCGCGACCACUCGCUGGCCAGCACGUCCUCCAAGGCCCGCGUGGUGACCGUCGGCAUGGCCUCGCUGCCCCACGUCUUGCACCGCCAGCUUCUGGACGCCGCCCAGGAGGACAGGCCCGUCCAGUACCCCGCAGACGACGGCGGCAUUCAGGGCCCCCUGUGCCCUCUGGACAACAGCCACUCCCACUUCAUCCUGGUGGAGCCGGGGCCUCCCGGGGCGGGGGACGGAGCCACGGAGCUGCGCCUGAGGCUGGAGAAGCACAUCUCAGAGCAGAGGGCCAGCUACGGGGGCACCGGCAGCAUCGAGAUCCCUGUGCUCUGCCUGCUCGUCAACGGGGACCCCAGCGUCCUGGAGAGGAUCUCCAGGGCCUUGGCACACGCGGCGCCGUGGCUGGUCCUGGCGGGCUCAGGGGGCAUCGCCGACGUGCUGGCCGCCCUGAUGAGCCAGCCCCACCUCCUGGUGCCCCAGGUGGCCGAGAAGCAGUUUAGGGAGAAGUUCCCUGGGGAGCAGUUCUCCUGGGUGGACAUCGUGCGCUGGACCGAGCUGCUGCAGACGAUCACCUCCCACCAGCACCUGCUCACGGUGUACGACUUUGAGCAGGAGGGCUCCGAGGAGCUGGACACCGUCAUCCUCAAGGCGCUGGUGAAAGCCUGCAAGAGCCACAGCCAGGAGGCGCAGGACUAUCUGGACGAGCUCAAGCUGGCCGUGGCCUGGGACCGUGUGGACAUUGCCAGGAGCGAGCUCUUCAACGGGGACGUGGACUGGAAGUCCUGCCACCUGGAGGAGGUGCUGAUGGACGCGCUGGUGAGCAACAAGCCCGAGUUCGUGCGGCUUUUUGUGGACAACGGCGCGGACGUGGCCGACUUCCUGACCUACGGGCGGCUGCAGCAGCUCUACCACUCGGUGCCCCCCAAGAGCCUGCUCUUCGACCUGCUGCAGCGCAAGCACGAGGAGGGCCGCCUGACGCUGGCUGGCCUGGGCGCCCAGCAGCCCCGCGAGCCCCCCUCGGGGCAGCCCGCCUUCUCGCUGCACGAGGUCUCCCGCCUGCUCAAGGACUUCCUGCACGACGCCUGCCGCGGCUUCUACCAGGACCGCAGAGCUGGGUGGCCUGACGCCUCGGCCCUGCAGGAGAAGGGCCCAGCCAGGCGGCCCGCGGGCCAGAAGUGGCUGCUGGACCUGAGCCAGAAGAGCGAGAACCCCUGGAGGGACCUGUUCCUCUGGGCCGUGCUGCAGCGCCGCCACGAGAUGGCCACCUACUUCUGGGCCAUGGGCCAGGAGGGCGUGGCUGCCGCGCUCGCUGCCUGCAAGAUCCUCAAGGAGAUGUCCCACCUGGAGACGCAGGUCCAGGCGGGCAGCGCCCUGUGCCAGGCCAAGUACGAGCAGCUGGCCCUGGACCUCUUCUCCGAGUGCUACAGCAACAACCAGGACCGCGCCUUCGCCCUGCUGGUGCGCCGCAACCGCUGCUGGAGCAGGACCACCUGCCUGCACCUGGCCACCGAGGCCGACACCAAGGCCUUCUUUGCCCACGACGGGGUGCAGGCCUUCCUGACCAAGAUCUGGUGGGGGGACAUGGCCUCGGGCACCCCCAUUCUGCGACUGCUGGGUGCCUUCCUCUGCCCGGCCCUCAUCUACACCAACCUCAUCACCUUCAGCGAGGAGGCCCCGCUGAGGACGGGCCCGGAGGACCUGCAGGAGCUGGACAGUCUGGAUACAGAGAAAAGCCUGCUCUGCUACCCGGGGACGAAGGAGCCAGCCAGGGAGCCCGGGGCUCAGGGUGCCCAGGGUCCACGGGCCGCCUUCCUGCUCACCCGCUGGCGCAAGUUCUGGGGCGCGCCCGUGACGGUGUUCCUGGGGAACGUGGUCAUGUACUUCGCCUUCCUCUUCCUGUUCACCUACGUGCUGCUGCUGGACUUCAGGCCGCCUCCGCAGGGGCCCUCGGGGCCCGAGGUCACCCUCUACUUCUGGGUCUUCACCCUGGUGCUGGAGGAGAUCCGGCAGGGCUUCUUCACGGACGAGGACACGCACCUGGUGAAGAAGUUCACGCUCUACGUGGAGGACAACUGGAACAAGUGCGACAUGGUGGCCAUCUUCCUCUUCGUCGCGGGCGUCAUCUGCAGGAUGCUGCCCUCGGCCUUCGAGGCGGGCCGCACGGUGCUGGCCAUGGACUUCAUGGUGUUCACGCUGCGGCUCAUCCACAUCUUCGCUAUCCACAAGCAGCUGGGCCCCAAGAUCAUCAUCGUGGAGCGGAUGAUGAAGGAUGUCUUCUUCUUCCUCUUCUUCCUGAGCGUGUGGCUCGUGGCCUACGGCGUGACCACCCAGGCGCUGCUGCACCCGCACGACAGCCGGCUGGAGUGGAUCUUCCGCCGAGUGCUCUACCGGCCCUACCUGCAGAUCUUCGGGCAGAUCCCCCUGGACGAGAUCGACGAGGCCCGCGUGAACUGCUCUGUGCACCCCCUGCUGCUGGAAGGCUCGCCCUCCUGCCCCAACCUCUACGCCAACUGGCUGGUCAUCCUGCUGCUGGCGGCCUUCCUGCUGGUCACCAACGUGCUGCUCAUGAACCUGCUCAUCGCCAUGUUCAGCUACACCUUCCAGGUGGUGCAGGGCAACGCAGACACGUUCUGGAAGUUCCAGCGCUACCACCUGAUCGUGGAGUACCACGAGCGCCCCGCCCUGGCCCCGCCCUUCAUCCUGCUCAGCCACCUGAGCCUGGUGCUCAAGCGGGCCUUCAGGAAGGGGGUCCAGCAGAAGCGGGCGCGCCUGGAGCGGGAGCUGCCCCCGCCGCUGGAGCAGAAGGUGGCGGCGUGGGAGGCCGUGCAGAAGGAGGAGCUCCUGGGCAAGCUGGCGGCGCGGCGGAAGGACAGCCAGGGCGAGCUGCUGCGCAAGGCGGCCCACAGGGUGGACUUCGUGGCCAAGUACCUGGGGGGGCUGAGGGAGCAGGACAAGCGCAUCAGGCGGCUGGAGUCACAGGUCAACUACUGCACGGUGCUCCUGUCCUCCAUGGCCGACUCUCUGGCCCAGGGCGUUGCCCACCAGAACGCUGGCAACUUUGGCGCUGGGAACCUACAGGCCUCUGCUCACCACGGUGCUGGCAUCAGGGAGCACCCCGAAGCUGGCCAGGUGCCCCUAGACACCUGAACCCCUUGGACUGUCAGCCCAAGCGCCCCCAGCCCAGAUCUGGGCGGGCAAGAGAGCACGGCUCUGACCUGCGGGAUGUGAAACCUCCUUGCCCUGUGGGCACCUUCUUGGGAACCCCUGGGCUGGCGAGCACAGGGCACCUCUCCCCCAGACCCCUCAUGAGCACCGGAGGUGCGACGAGCCCUCCCGAGCAACCCCUGGAAGACACCCCCUCGGGCCAGCGGCCCCUGGAGACCCCACCCCAUCCCUGGCCUGCGCCCCUAAGAGACGCAUCUUUUCCAAACACUGGUGGUUGCUAUU